GUACCUAACCUUAUCAAGUUCUCGGACGCGAUAGUAAACAAGUGGAAUAGUUUUAUCAAACGAUUUCUUCAGAGUAUUCUACAAUGUCCGAAAACGCGAACGAAGCGGCACCGGCUGAGAAAGAAACUAUCGCGGAAGAACCGGAUGCGAUCUCGGAAAAGGACCGGCAGUUCUUGACUGAGUAUGUGCGAGAAACAGAACAGAGACUCACAACGAAGGAAGAGAUUCGCGCGGCCAAUCUCAAUCCUGCAAGGCCCCCAGAUGCAUCAUUCAGUAAACUUGACUCGAGCCUCAAGAAAAACACUACAUUUGUCAAGAAACUGAAGAACUUUAGCAUGGCUCAACUCGACACAGUUUUGAAAGAUAUGGCGACUUUAAAUCUGACCAAAUACGUGAGCGAAGUUGCCACCGCUCUGGUAGAUGCUAAAAUAAAAAUGAUUGACGUAGCACCUGCUAUUAGGGUAUGUAGUUUUCUCCAUCAGACAUACGUUGAAUUUUCCACUCAUUUUUUUGAAAAUUGGCAAAGGAUACUAUCACUGAAGGUCGGCGAUAAGAUAACAAAUCCUAGUAAACUGAGAGUAGAUUUGCGAUUCUAUGCAGAAUUGGUAAAUGCUGGAAUAUUUACGCAUAAGCAGGGCUUGCCGCUACUUGGUUCGGUAUUAACUGUAUUGAUCAAUAUGGACAAAGAGGAGCAUAAUAAUGCUAGCAUAAUAUUGAGUUUUUGUCGACAUUGUGGCGAAGAUUACGCUGGUCUUGUACCUAAAAGGGUGCGAGAGCUGUCUGAGAAAUUGAACGUUUUAAUUCCAAAGAGUAAAAUGUUAUCACCGGACAAACAGCAGAAUGUUAAGCUGUUGUUACGUGAGUAUUAUAAUUCCUUGUGUAAACAUAUGUUAAAGGAGCACAAGGAACUGCAGGCAUUCGAGAAACAAAAUCGCAAGAUACUACAGACUAGGGGAGAACUGAGUUCGGAACGAAAGGAAAAGCUUGAAGCUCUACAAGUCUGUUAUGAGCGUCUAUUAACCAAUGUACAGAGUUUUUCCGAUACGCUAGAUGAACCAAUGCCGGAGCUUCCAGUGGACAAUGAAAUAAAAGCAGAAGUGGAGGAAACACUGAAGAUGAUUAAUGAAGGAGAAGAUAACGCUAUGUUAGAGGAUAUGUGGGGUGACGAAGAGACAAGACGUUUCUAUGAGGUGUUCCCGGAUCUGACUGUUUUUCUACCAGGCUCGUAUUUGAAGGACACCCCGAAAGAUAUCCCAAAGACGGACACGGCAAUAACGGAAGAUGCUCUCGAUGAGGAAAUUGUCUUUGACGAGUUGGAAGAAACUGAGAAGGUCGAAGAGCCACUUGAGGUAGAAGUGGAGGAGCCUCAGAUUUCCAACACAAGUAACAAGAUACUGCUGGACGCUUUUCUGACGCAUCUGCCAAACUGUGUAAAUCGCGAAAUGAUUGACAAUGCCGCAGUCAACUUCCUGAUGAAUCUCAACACAAAGCAUAACAAGAAGAAGCUGGUAAAAGCUCUUUUCGGCGUUUCUAGAAUCCGUCAGGAUUUACUACCCUUUUAUUCUCGCUUAGCAGCCAUUCUUUAUCCAGUAAUGCCAGAGAUUGGCAACGACUUGUGUCAGAUGUUGAAACAAGAUUUUAAAUACCAUGUUCGUAAGAAGGAUCAGAUCAAUAUUGAGUCGAAGAUCAAAGUGGUCCGCUAUAUCGGUGAACUCGUGAAGUUCAAACUUUACUCCAAAAUAGAAGCAUUAUAUUGUCUGAAGGUUUUACUACACGAUUUUACGCAUCAUCACAUUGAAAUGGCUUGCAACUUGUUAGAGAUUUGCGGCCGAUAUCUCUUCUGUUCGCCGGAUUCUCAUCAAAGGACCAAGGUUUAUCUGGAACAAAUGAUGCGCAAAAAAGCAGUUACUGCACUUGAUUCGCGCUAUGUCACAAUCAUCGAGAAUGCGUAUUACUUCGUGAAUCCACCUGAAUCGACUGGCGGCGUUACAAAGAAGGACAGACCGCCCGUACAUGAAUUUAUUAGAAAACUACUUUAUCAGGAUCUCUCUAAGACGAAUACUGACAAGGUGCUUAAGUGGAUGCGCAAACUUGACUGGGAGGACGAGAGCGUGUCAUCCUAUGCUAUAAAAUGUCUCACUGCCGCCUACAAUGUUAAAUAUCCCAAUAUUCGAUGCGUGGGAAGCCUGUUGGCCGGCUUGGUGGCCCAUUAUGAGACGAUCGGGCCACAGGUGGUCGACGGUGUACUCGAAGAUAUACGACUGUGCAUGGAAAUCAACCUGCCUAAAUUCAAUCAACGACGCAUUGCUAUGGUCAAGUAUUUGGGCGAGCUGUAUAAUUAUCGAAUGGUGGAGAGCGGCGAUAUUUUCCGUACUUUGUACUUGCUUAUUACUUUUGGCGUCAGUGUGGAUCAUUCGUUGCAAAGUGUGCUCGAUCCGCCUGAUCAUCUCUUUCGUAUUCGUCUAGUGUGCACAUUAUUGGAGACUUGUGGCCAAUACUUCAGCGGCGGAUCAAGCAAGAAGAAACUCGAUUAUUUUCUCGUAUUCUUCCAAAACUAUUUCUGGUUUAAGUAUACGGAUCCGAUCUGGACGUCCGAGAAUCCGUUCCCCGUUGGGAUAGAUUACAUGUAUCGUGACACAUUAACGAUGCUACGACCCAAAAUGCAAUUAUUCCAGAAUUACAAGGAAGCGCAAUGCGCCGUAGAAGAAUUGCGCAACACUCUCUACCCAACCUUGGGUAAUCCUCCAAUUGAUGAUACUACUGCCGAAGGCGAAAACGACAUGGGCGUUAUCCUGGAAGGCGAUGAAGAAGCAGCAUUGGCUGGAAAUGGUAGCGGGGAUGCCAAAGGUAUGGCUGAACUGCAUUUCGAAGAAUCCGAAGAUUGUUCGGAAGCGCAGUCGGAAGAGGAAUGGACAGCCGAUGCAGAACGAGACGAUACUAUGGGCACCCAAGAAAACACUCAGGGUGAUCGAUCUCAAAGUCUAUCAGCAGAUGGUGGCACUGAAGGCGUGAUUGUAGAUGUGACAGAGGAACUGAAUGCAGCUUUACCGUCCGGACCACGACGGGUGAGCUGUCCAGAAGACGAUGAUUUCCUGUCGGCGCUGGAUAAAAUGGUUUCAGACAACAUACAGGACCGCAUGCGAGAUUCGGUAAAGCCACAACAAGUGGAUAUCUCCGUACCAUUACACGUGAAGAGUACAAAGAAGACAUACGAACAACUGCAGGAGAGACCAACUGACAAUAGCACAGUAGACUUUGUGUUGAUGCUGAGAAAGGGUAACAAACAACAGUACAAGAAUCUCGCAGUUCCAGUGUCAUCUGAGUUGGCUAUGAAUCUCAGAAAUCGUGAACAAGAACAAAAAGAAGAGAAAGAGCGCGUGAAGAGACUAACUUUAAACAUUACUGAGAGGCAAGAAGAGGAAGAUUAUCAAGAAACUAUGAAUCAAAGUACGAGACCAGUCACUGUAAACUUGAAUAGAGAACGACGACAAAAAUAUAAUCACCCUAAAGGAGCACCCGAUGCCGAUCUCAUCUUUGGACCGAAAAAAAUUCGAUAAGCUAGCUUAAUAAUUAAAAUUGAAUGAUUAUACUCCAUUAAAAAGUUGAUGAUGCUGUGAAAAUGACAAUGGAACUUUACACUUUAAAAAUCGUCAACUAUAACGUUAUUAACUAACUUUGGUUAGUUUUACCACUUUGUACUAUGUCUCAGAAUUUUUUCGAGGGCCAUAUGUCGCACCAGAAUUU